AAGUGUAUUUCAGCGUGCGGAAUGGCGAGAACUCGCUCUUAUUUUUCAAGUUCGCACCGGAAAAGGCUCCCUCGCUCACAAUGGCUUUGCCCCACGGUGGCGCCGCGUCCCAUGGCGGAGGGAUGAGGGAGAGACAGCAGGGUGGACGGAGUAGAGGACGAGGACGCGGACGCGGAAGACGAGGAGGUGGAGUCUGUCCCAGCCCGCAUCUGGCCCGCUCCCCUCUGACACCACGGGCCAAACCCGCCCCGAGCCUCUCACUCACUGCCCGCCUGUUCCCCCGCACGCCUCGGUCCCGGACACCCUCGGCGCAGCAGCACCCGCACACACACGACCACCACACAGAAUGGACACGGAAGGGAGCCAGACCAACCUGUCCACCACGGACUCCCCUCACGACCCCUGCAAAAUGUUCAUAGGUGGACUCAGCUGGCAAACAACACAAGAGGGUCUGAAAGAGUACUUCUGCAAGUACGGCGAGGUGAAGGAGUGUAUGGUGAUGCGAGAUCCGGUUACUAAGCGCUCGAGAGGCUUUGGAUUUGUCACCUUCGUGGAUCAGGCUGGCGUGGAUAAAGUUUUGGCCCAAACCAGGCAUGAGUUGGACUCUAAAACAAUUGAUCCUAAAGUCGCAUUCCCCCGGAGGGCUCAGCCGAAGUUAGUGACUCGCACCAAGAAGAUCUUUGUGGGAGGCCUGUCGGUGAACACCACCAUAGAAGAUGUCAAGCAAUACUUUGACCAGUUUGGGAAGGUUGACGAUGCCAUGCUCAUGUUCGACAAGACCACCAACAGACACAGAGGAUUUGGCUUUGUGACGUUUGAGAACGAGGAUGUGGUGGAGAAAGUCUGCGAGAUCCACUUCCACGAGAUCAACAACAAAAUGGUGGAGUGCAAGAAAGCUCAACCCAAGGAGGUGAUGUCUCCCACUGGUUCGGCCAGGGGGCGCUCUCGGGUGAUGCCGUAUGGAAUGGACGCCUUCAUGCUGGGGAUUGGUAUGCUGGGUUAUCCAAGCUUCCAGACUGCCACGUACACUAGUCGAAGCUAUGCAGGCAUCACCCCUGGAUAUACCUACCAAUUCCCUGAGUUCCACUUAGAGAGGACUCCCCUUCUGACUUCACCCCACCCCCCUGAACUCACAGCCAUUCCCCUCACUGCAUAUGGACCAAUGGCAGCAGCGGCAGCAGCAGCAGUUGUCAGAGGUUCUACCCCAUCUCGCACAGCUGGAUUUUUGGGAACCAGCAGCCCGGGCCCAAUGGCGGACCUUUAUGGAACAGCUGCUCAGGAGUCAGCAGUCAGCAGUUACCUCAGUGCUGCAAGUCCUGUCCCGAGUGCAGGAUUCAGCCAUGGUCUUGGGGGCCCUUUGAUCGCCACGGCCUUCACUAACGGCUAUCACUGAGAACUCAAGAGUUGUUGAUGGACGGAGAGCUGGAGGGAAUUGAAGCUGCUUUGGAGCUGAUCUGGCCCAAGCCCUGUCCACUUCGCUUCUCGUGGUGGGGGCAGCUAAAACCCCAUUUCUUUUACUCUCUCUCACACACACACACACACACACACACACACACACACACACACACACACACACACACACACACACACACACACACACACAUAUCACCCUCUUACGGCAACCUCAACACAGCCAACCCUAACGGCACCUUAGCAAAAUCAGUCAUGAAAAUGUUUCGAAAAGCCAGCAAACAAAACAAACCGUAGCAAACAGAUACAGAUGCUGUAUUUUUAGUGUUACUCUUUUGGGUUAUGUUUUACUUUGCCAUUUUGAGCGAUGGCUGCAAUUCGUCUUAUCGGGUUAUUUGACCUCUGAACCUG